UCACAUACGGUCACACUGGUAACAUGCCUGCAACCGACGCGGAGAUUAGGAACUUAGUAAAUUAAUUAAUUAAACCAUCAAAUGCAGCCAUCACACCCAACGUACAUGGAUAAUGCCGAAAAAGACUGAAUUCCACACCGCGCAAGUGCAAGUGCAAUAAUCGCCUAGUUUGGCGACUAAAGAACGCAAUAUAGAAAAAAGUGAGACACUCACAAAAAAAACUCAUUUCGCUGUUGUGUGUAAAUGCAAAUGAUAUAUUUUCGUGCAACAACAACCACAAAAACAACACCGAAGCAGUAGCAGUAGGAAAGGCAAAAAUAACAACAAAAGCUGAAUGUGAAUGUGUGUGCGGGUCGCGUUAAAGAAAAUUAGAUAAAAAGCCAAAUAAAAUUAGCUCACGCCUGAUUUUCGAGUUUGGUCGCAAGGUGAACGAAAAGGCGAAAAGCAAUCAAAACAGUUUUUCCAUUUUCCCAGUGUGCGUGUGCAGUAGAAAAACCACCUGCAUUGAUUUAUAGUAAAAAACAGCAACAACAAAAAAUAAAACGGAACUUGCACCGAGGAUAUAUACACACACAUACUGACUGUAUGCGUGCUUGUGUGUGCAUGGCCGUAAAGGCUGACUGAUAAAACAGCAAAACAAAAAAAAAACAUUUAAACAAAAACCCAACAUACACACACACCAACGCAGCGGGGCACCAACACCACAGCACAAUUUCUUGGAGGCAGCCUGCCAUCCAAACGCACAAGGAAGCCAUUGCCGGAACGCCCCACGGAAGGCGGAAGAAGCUGAACCUGGCGAGGAUUGCAGGGACCCAGAAGAAUUGUAGACACAUUCGUGCCGCCGCGAGAACCCUUCCAAUGUCCAAUAAAAUCAACCCGAAGCGCCGCGAACCGACAGCAGCAGCAGCAACAGCAGCAGGUGGAGCCGGGGCCACCGGAGUGGCCACCAACACGAGCAGCUCGACCGGAUCAUCCAGCGCCGGCAACACGUCCUCGGCCAACACAUCCUCGUCGUCCAGCUCCUCGCUGUCGUCCGCCGGCGGCGGUGAUGCGGGCAUGUCCGCCGAUCUGACCUCGCUGUUCGAAUGUCCCGUGUGCUUUGACUAUGUGCUGCCGCCGAUCCUUCAGUGCUCCAGCGGGCACCUGGUGUGCGUCUCCUGUCGCUCCAAGCUCACCUGCUGCCCCACCUGCCGCGGCCCGCUGGCGAACAUACGCAAUCUGGCGAUGGAGAAGGUCGCCUCGAACGUGAAGUUCCCGUGCAAGCACUCCGGAUACGGAUGCAAUGCCUCGCUGGUCUACACGGAGAAGACGGAGCACGAGGAGACGUGCGAGUGCCGGCCCUACCUGUGUCCCUGUCCGGGCGCCAGCUGCAAGUGGCAGGGCCCGCUGGACCUAGUCAUGCAGCAUCUGAUGAUGUCGCACAAGAGCAUCACGACGCUGCAGGGCGAGGACAUCGUGUUCCUGGCCACCGACAUCAACCUGCCCGGCGCCGUCGACUGGGUAAUGAUGCAGUCCUGUUUCGGCCAUCAUUUCAUGCUCGUGCUGGAGAAGCAGGAGAAGUACGACGGCCAUCAGCAGUUCUUUGCCAUCGUUCAGCUAAUUGGAUCGCGCAAGGAGGCGGAGAACUUUGUCUACCGGCUCGAGCUGAACGGGAAUCGGCGCCGGCUCACCUGGGAGGCCAUGCCGCGAUCCAUUCACGAGGGCGUCGCCUCGGCGAUCCACAACUCGGACUGCCUGGUGUUCGACACGUCGAUUGCGCAACUGUUCGCCGAUAAUGGCAAUCUGGGCAUCAACGUGACCAUAUCCCUGGUCUAAAAACGCACUGUCAAUUCGUCGAGUUCUUUCAAUUUUUUGUGUUUACUUUUCCGAUACAUAUAUAUACAUAUUUACAUAUAUAGUUUAUAGCCCUCUGUUUGCAUCGGGCGUUUAACUCUUGGACAGAUUGUGAGAAGAUUGCCAGAGAUUGAGGAUAAAUCGAGAGAGAAAGAGUUUUGCAGAGUUGUUUUAUAAAAAUGAUUCUCUAUUCUAAGAGCCACUUACAUGCAUAUGUAUAUAUAUCUAUGGAAGUAUCGGGUCUGUUUUGAGUUUCGCAUUUGGCAGGAUAUUUAAUUUGAGAUCCGUUUAAGUCUUUUUAAAUCGUGGUAAGAGUUUGUAACUAUGUUUUUUGGUUUACUUGUUUUAUUUGAAUCAAGAGUAAGAUAUUGAAAUCCGGCUAGAUUAAUUAGAUAUUGACUUUUAGUUAAAGCCAAAAAGAUUCAAUUUGUUUUCCUAUAAAUGGUAACUCUUUUCGAAUGCGAAAUUCAGAGCAGGCCUGUAAAUUUGUAUGUCUAAACGGUUCGAUUGGUACUCUAGUUGUAGGACAUGAUUUUUCAGUUACCGCACACACACAUACACACACACACACUAUACAUAUAUAUAUAUUUGAACGUUUCAGUGUUACCCGUUUUGUAAGCUCGUGGGGUUCUGCUUUAGUUUAAUUUAGUUCGUAAGGGCCACACACACCUGGAGCAGAGCUGCCUGCGCGUGCCCACGUGCCCACCACCCACUUCGUGUACUACAGUGAACACUGGGAACGAACACCCGACCCUCCUUUCACAACAACAACAAGAACAGCGCGGAGGUCGAGAAAGGUCACUCAUCACACUCGAACAUGUACUGCAAAGUCUAGUUUAGUUAAUGUAAAUUAUUUUAUACAAUACUUGUAAAUGGUAAUAAGUAAACAAACAGUUAAACGAAAUUAACAAACCUAAUAACAAUAACAAUAGCAGCAAGGGCGAAACAACAAAGAACAUAACAUUUGAUAGCGAUAACCAUGAAUAACUCGAGAGUUGUUUGAUAGUUGCAGCUAAAGCGAAAAUGCUCACCGCAAUUUCGUUCAUGCCAAACAAUCACAAAAAAAAUAACAAUUAACUAAACAAAAACGAAACAUAUUUUUUCGCAAUGCUAAAAAGACAGUUGCUGCCCCUCCCCCCAAAAAAGAUUUCCCCUCCCAUCAAGAAAAUUAAAAAGAAAAGCAAUGUUAAUGUUUAAAUUUCCGCCUAGUUUUUAGACGAUCUCCCCGGUUCCGACUCAAGUUUUUGGUUCUGAUUUCUUUCGGCCAAAGUUUCCCAAUCGACAAAUGGAAGAAAAAUAAUGAUUUUAAGCAUCUGCACCGUAAUUAGCUUUUAAUGCGCCGAUUUACCGCGCCAUUACCAUACGAGAUCACUCUCACAGACACAAAACUACAGAAGUGAAAUAAACGUGAUUAGUAAAAGUAAA